GCGAAGGAAUAAACAAACACAGCGCAAUGAUUCGGAAAAGGAGCACUAACGGUGAACACAUCUCUCCGUUUGUGACUAACACCAGUAAAAAAUAUUUCAGUGGCUGCUUCAUCGGGGUGUGCUCUUGUUAUUUGUGUGGUCGGGACACGGAUGCUCAGUGCGAAUAGCGAUGACAAGAGCGAAAAUAGUUUGCUUGUCCACACUGAACACCUCAGCUGUAGCAGCCGGUGAGACAGGCUAACCGUUACAGGACUCCGGACCUUUCUUCUCUUUCUGACGGAUUUUCUACGGCUAAAAAUGGAAAGAGGAGAACACUAACGUUAACCCAGCGACCGUUAGCUUAUAAAUUAAUAACAGACUUAUUAAAAUUUUCAUUAAGUCAGCUUUAUUUCCGUCGUAUUUUUCUAUUUAAGUCGAGCUGACCUGUAGUCAAUAAUGUUGACAGGAUCCAAAACCACAUUCAAAGUGCGGCAAAUGCUCCCAGAUAUCAAGGAGAGGAUGCUGAGUCAGAGUGGGGUGAACGCAAGGAGUCGAGAUGUGUUUGGGCUACGCUGCCUACCAGGCGAGUGCGUGAUUCAGAGAGCUGUUAUGGUGAGGAAGAAGUUGACUGCCAGGGAAGGAAGGGGCUGGCUGUCUGGGACCCUCUUCUGUACCCACUUCAGAGUGGCCUUUGUGCCACAGGACAGUCCAAAACCUGACGACAAUGCAGAGCCAGUGCUUUUAGGAGACCAUGAUGUGGCUUUGGCUUCCAUAGAGAAGGUUGUGGUUGUGGGCCCAAACAGGACCAAGCUAGUGACACCAAACUCCUCGCUGAAGUUCACUCCAGAAGAGCUGGUGCUUUAUUGUAGGGACCUGCGAGUCAUCUGCUUCCUGUUUGACCGCCUCACACCUGACGCACAAGUCAUAGAGAUAACCUACACCAUCGCCAAGACCUACCAGCCUCCCAAACCAGGGUCAGUGUUAUCUUUCCAGAACGCUGCCCUUGGGAGUGUAGAAAUGAAGCAGUUCCUAAGCAACCGUCGCCGAAAUACUCAUAUGAACUGGUAUGAGUCUGCCUCGGACUGGGAGCAAGAGCUGGAGAGGUGUGGGGCCACGGGCUGGAGAGUCAGCUCAGUCAACGACCGCUUCGAGAUGUCCACCAGCCUGCCUAGGUUUAUCGUGGUGCCACAGAAGGUUUUAGACACUGAGCUGAAGAAAAGCUUUGCCCACUUCAAUGAAGGACGCAUCCCUCGCUGGUGUUGGCGACACCCCCGAGGCAGUGAUCUACUGCGAAUGGCCAGCUUCCAGAACAACAUCUACCAUGAGAAAGAUGACAUCAGAAACCUUGAGAUGAUCCUGUUUGGUUGCCAGUCCUCUCUCUGUGUGGUGGUGGAGCUGGGUGAGGAGCUGCCCUCACCUGCUGAUAUCCAGCUGGCACACAGCCGCCUGCGCGCCCUCUGUCUGGGAGAUAUCUCCACAUCUGUGUCAGUGCCUGAUGAUAAAUGGUUAUCUACCCUGGAAAGCACCCACUGGCUAGACUAUACCAGGUCCUGUCUGAAGAAAGCUUCAGAGGUAGCUUGCCUGCUUCGCGGCGGUCACCUGACUGUGGCACUGCAAGAAGCGGACGACCGGGACAUGAGCUGUGUGGUGUCCAGCCUGGUGCAGGUGAUGUGUGACCCACACUGUCGGACCCAGCAUGGUUUCCAGAGCCUGGUGCAGAAAGAGUGGGUGAUGGCCGGCCACCGCUUCUACAGCCGCAUCAACUACCACCGUGACAACGACAAGGAGGAGGCUCCAGUCUUCCUGCUUUUCCUGGACUGUGUUUGGCAGUUGUUGUCCCAGUAUCCCUCUCGCUUCCAGCUAACAGAUGACUUCCUGUUGGCCUUGCACGACAGCAUCCACCUGCCGCUCUUCUCCAGCUUCCUGGCCAACUGCCAGCGAGAGAGAUGCAAACGCUCCCAGAACCUUGGGCAGUCCUACACUCCAGUAAAUGGCUGGAGAGAUGUGCUUCACCCGGAUUCUUCCUCAGAUCCAUCUGACCCUCCUCUGCCCUCGGUAUGGGACUGGGCCCUGCAGUACAACAAGCAUAGACUAGACCGUUUCACCCAACCUGUCACCCCAAUCCCUCCGCUCCAACCGCUGCUCAAUGGCAAUCUGAACACCAACCCAGAUGCACACAGGCUGACUGACGUCAUCCCUGGCUCCGUCUUCCUCCUCUCUCGGGGCACCUUCUCCUGUCCUGCUAACCUGCUUCCCUGGCGCAGUAGCAGUUCAGGCGUCUACAAGAAGAGCCACCGGAGGGCAGCGUCCUCUGAGAAUGUGCCUGGCCUGGAGAGGCUGCUGAAAGCCUGGGCCCUGACUGAAUUUCCGGGCCUCACUUCCAACUCCGGACCUCAAGGACCACUUGACCCCUAUGAGCCCUUACUGCCCCUCCUCAUGGGGCCCUGCAUGGGCCUGUGGAGGGAGUGCUACCUUCGCGGGGCACUCCAUGCGCAGGCGUUCUCCCACCCCAUCUCUGCAAACCACCCCCACCCUGUGGAGCGGCUAGCCCUGGAGGUACAACAGCUCAAAGACAAGCUAGCGCAAGUGUCCACAGGCAUGGACCCGGACCCAAACCCACCCACCAAGAGGGCCGAGCACCAGCGGACCGACACCAACCUGAACCAAAACACCAACAAUGGGACCUUCCUCUUCCCAGCACCAAAACCUCAGAACACGAUGACACCCAGAGUGGCACCCCCUCCUACCUCCACCAACCAGACCUUCAGGGGCCCUCCGCCUACCUCAGCUCCAUCAUCCAGGCCUGGCCACAAAGACAGUGGUGGCGGCAACAAGCACACCUUCUUGUUUGGGCACUCUUCAGUAACAGAGGCACGCCCUGACCAACGCUAUUACCCAGCACCCAAUAACGCCAAGCUGCCUAAGAGCAACGGGCCUUCUAUAGUGUCCUGAGGUCUGCUCCGCGCCUUAACUGUUCUUAUAUAUAUGAUACAAGCCUGGUCCACCCUGUGACCAGGUACUAUAAUCAAAUCACCUGCCUGCACAUAUGAGACUGACUUAUCCCUCAAUGUUAACAUGUACUGAGAAGACACAGAUGUGUGUUUCCAGUCAAACCGUAUUUGUUUGACUACAAGGUGAUUUAAAAACAUUUGGGUGGACUACAGUGAACUGCAACAGUAUGAAAUAAUCAGUGCAAGAGCUCUUGACUCUGCUACUUAUCGUCUGUACUGUAUUAAAAAUGUGACAACUGUUUUGUAUAUUUGCAAAGAAAAUCUUAUUAUUCAACAUUCCACUAAUGUAUAGAUCUCUAUAAAAAAAGAAUAAGGGCUGAAGAUGCUUAAUGUACCAACAGGACUCCAUAAGCACAUCUUGCAGUAUCUUAAAAUGCAGUGGAAGCUGUCAUGACACAUUUUGUAAGCGUCAUGCCACCCUUCAAGAAAGAUAGAAUGCUUGUAGUUUCCAUUUUUAACUUCUUAUCCAAAAUGGGUUACAGGGAUUGGGCAGGACAUAGUGGUGUGAUAGGGUGGGUCUUAAGGGCACUUUGACAGGAUACAUGGCAGUGAAGAAGACUUAGAUUUUUUUUUCAGCUGGCUCUUUAGAUCUUAUGUCAUGCUAAUGUGCAAAAAGACUUCCUAGUUUUUGUAUAUUAGCUUCAUCUAGAAAAGUAGAAUAUUGUUUGGAAGCCAUCAUUUUUGAACUCCAGGCGCUGUGACCAGUGACUUUAAUGUGGAAUUUAGGGCAUGAGCUAUUUUGGUACUGCUCUCAUAUCUUUCCACUUGCAUGCAUGCUUGGAAGCAAUGAGGCAUAUAUUCAGUUCAUAUUAGCCAGUAUGUGUCUGGAUGUGGCUAAAGUCACUGCACAUUAGUGCAGUAUAGUUCAGUUCAUUCCUGACUGACAUGAUGACAGUGCUUUAGUAAUAUAAUGUCAUCUAAACUUUCAUCUUUCUUUUUUACCUUGACCUUUAUCGGUCAUACAUAUAUAAAUAAAUAAGUGUGAUUUCUGGAUUGUUUCUGACCAAAUUUAGUAUUAUUUUUGAACAUUUCUCCAUUUUGUGGUGGAAUUGCAAAAAUUGACAUACCUUGAGAUGGUAGCAAUGUUGGAAGCAAAGGGAAGCUUAUUUCUCUGUGUUUACUUUUUAUUUGAUCAAUUUCCCUCCUCCUGCCUGGUUGUGUAUUAGUAUGCAGCCAGCAUUUAGGUCAAGGACUUGGAAGUGUCUGACUGUAUUUAAAGCACAAAGGGAAGUAUCUGGUCCUGCACCUUUAAAUCCAAAAAGGUUUUCGUUCGCAUGAUGUGGGUGUCAAGUAGAUGCACUUGCGUCAUUCCCACGGACGAAUAAUAUUGCACCUUUUGCAUGUUUUUCUAAACAGAUUUUUAGGCAGGAUAACAGUUGUCACAUGUAUGACAGAUUCUCUCAUGUCAAAAGGUACCUCAUUUGAUAGCACUAUGAAUUAUUAAAUUGUUGUAAAUAUUAUAUCAAUAUCAAGACACAUUGAUUUCAGCUUUCCAGGUGUGAUGCCAAUGCAUUUGCUUGGCGUCAAUGGAAAAAAAUUUAAGGUCACCUUUGCCCUGUUGCAUUGAAAUUAAUUUGGUCUUCUGUUGCACCUCUUGGUCUGUAUCAUUGUAUAAUUUAAUGUUUUUGGUACGAAUGUCACUUAAAUUUGCCAGAUGUACAUAAUUUUUUUGUAUCAGCAUGUUUUGAUUCUGAUAAAUAAAGUCUUAUCAGUU